UUCAACUCGCAUCAUCAUGCAAAUAAAUGCGGUUUACAUUAAACUAAACAAAUCCUCUUUUCUCGCCCCGGAACUUUCUCGACAUAAGACGUAACGCAGUACCUUCUCGCCCUUUCCUUUACAUUUCCUCUCUCUCUCUCUCUCUCUCUCUCUCUCAUCUUCAUCCUUACGAUUAUAUUCCCAACGGAACCUUCUAGAACCACUAUAACAAUUCCCCUCUCUCUGUUUCUCUUUCUCUCUCUCUUUCUCUCUGCUUCUUCAACAUCGAUCAACAAAACUAACUCCAUUGAUCUGCAACUCUUUCAUAUCAUGGCUCCACCGCCGCCGGUGGAACACAACGCAGACUCCGCCACCGUCGCAGAGUCUCAGAGAUCUAUUCCGACGCCGUUUCUCACCAAAACCUAUCAGCUCGUCGAGGACCAAUCCAUAGACGACGUGAUUUCUUGGAACGAAGACGGAUCCACCUUCAUCGUUUGGAACCCUACCGUCUUCGCCAGAGACUUGCUCCCUAAAUAUUUCAAGCACAACAAUUUCUCCAGCUUCGUUCGCCAACUCAACACUUACGGAUUCAGAAAAGUUGUACCUGAUCGGUGGGAAUUCUCCAACGAGUAUUUCCGCAGAGGAGAGAAACGGCUUCUAUGUGAAAUCCAACGGCGGAAGAUCUCGUCUCCGUCGCCCUCGCCGACGGUGACGGCCAUGGCGACAACCACGUCAGCUGCGGUUCCUACGCCGCUUCCGUUGACUGCGAUUCCGACAGCGAUGCCGAUCAUAUCGCCGUCGAACUCAGGCGAGGAGCAGGUGAUAUCGUCGAACUCGUCACCGUCGCUAGCGCCGGCGGAGCUUCUAGACGAGAACGAGAGGCUAAGGAAAGAGAACGUUCAGCUCACGAAGGAGCUCGCAGACAUGAGAUCGCUCUGCCACAAUAUAUAUAGUCUCAUGUCGAAUUACGCGAACGCUAACAACAACGGCAGCUGCCAACACAACCAAACAGACGGCGGCGGAGGCGGCGUCUGCCGGCAAGGAAGCAGAGAGUCCGGCAUGACGGCGGUGAGGCCGCUUGAUUUGAUGCCGGCGAAGCGAAGCUCCGACGAGGAGAUGGUGGCGGAGACGGCGGUGGAGGAUUUGAAUCCGAAGCUGUUUGGAGUGGCGAUUGGAGCGAAGCGAGCGAGAGAGGGUGGCGGUAUCGGAGGAAGAGGUGGGGAGGAGGAAGAUACGCUACUGCGCCUGCAUCAACCGGGUGAUGCGGACGUGAAAUCAGAGCCGUUGGAUUUUCAUAACCAUAGCGGUAAUCAGGAAUCGCCGUGGCUUAACCAAUGCCACAGAGCGAAUCAGAGGGUGUGUAAUUGACACGUGGAGGUGCUUAAAUGAAUGAACAAUUUAAUUAGAUACGUGGUAGCGUACGGAAUACGAGACCAAGCACGCGGAGGCGCACGUGACGAAUCGGUCACGUGCGUCGUUUAACCGUUUGGGACCGGUUCCCAGAAGUUUCUCAGAGGAUGCAAGCAAGUUCGUCCCACAAGUCAGAAGAAAACGAUACUAUCUUGUCCUUUCUUUUUUUGCAUUUUUGUUUUUUGAGCAUUAAAUUGGACUUCUUCUGUAGAUUUACCUUUGCCAAUAGCGUUGAGAAUUCUAUUUAGUCCUAUAAAUUAUUUUACUUGCUAGUGAAAAUUUCAAUAGUCAUAAUCAUGUGA